AUGCCCAAGAUGCAACGGACGGAGGGCAAGAAGGAGUUAGCGGUUGGGAAAGGGAAGGAGAAGGCGGGUGGGAAGACGACCGACCUCGAGGGACCACGAGAGAAGAUCCUCGCAGUUCGCGCCACCGCGCCAAAGACAGUCAGCCGGCGUGGCAAGGCAAUCUUCAGAGCCUUGAAAGCCGAAGUAGAAACUAUGCUGGUCCUCCUCUCGCAUCUGGCGAGUGGGUCCUUCGUGGAGUGCCAAGGGCUUAUUGUCAACAAGCGAUGGAAGACCGCUGAGGGCGCGAUGGCCGCGAAUACACGAGUUUUGCCCACCGUUAGUCUUGGACACUUUGAAGACUUGAUGACGUUUGUGUAUGGGUUUUGGCUGCUUUUGUUCAAGUGUUGGAGAAGUAUUGGAGGACCUGUAACUAGGCUAUGGUUUUUGCCCCAUUGCUGA